AUGGAAGUUUUUCCUGGCACUUUCCAUGAAUUCCGAAAUUCUUUAUAUUUGAGCUCCAUAGAAUCUCGAUUUCAGAUAUGUGCAAUUAGCGAAACUGGAGGCAAAGAUGUAAUUGUCAAAGGAUUUAAAUCUGAAGAUGACUUAACCUUCUGCAUUAACGACAGCGGGAAAGUCAAAGUGAUUAAACUUUCAAAUGAUGGUCGUCUAAUCAGUAUACAGCGGGAAACUUCGCAAAUUGAGUUUAUUUGCUUUUCUCCUACGGGUGAUGGAACUGUUACAGGAACCUUUUCGCAAUCGCCAAAACUCCGUACAGCACGAGUAGUAGGCUUAGAAUGGAUUUCGAACAAUCAGAUUCUUUUUGUUACUAAUCAAGGUUUGGAGUUGUACUUAAUUAACCCCACUAAAAAGAAUGCAAAGCUUUUAAAAACCUGCAACAUUUCUCUCUAUUGGACUGUAUAUUACGCCAAAUCUCAGCUCUUAAUCGUUUCAAGUGGUGUGUCUGGGUCACGUUUUACACCGUUUUUGGUCCAGAGCAACAAUAUCUAUCGGCUGGAAGAAUUUGAUGUCGACUUUGGUUGCUCGAAUGCAAAAUCUAUUCUUUCCAAACGCGACGUUUCGGUUGCUUCGAUAUAUGGCGUAUUAUACGUUAUGGUAUUUCGUUAUAGUAUGAGGGACUCAAGCGUUUUAGAUGUAUCUAUGUACAAAGUUGCCGGUGAUAACGGUGAAAAAUCGAGCCUAGCUCACACCUUAUCUCUCGGCUUGACAGGUCCCUUUGCAAUACACGUUGUAGAUAACGUAAUUAUUGUCCAUCAUCAGGUAACUGUAUCCAGCACUUCUCUGCUUUUUGACAUUCGUUUACAAGAAGGUAUAACAUCAGGGGUUUGCAGCCACAAACCGUUUGCUGCCGUUUCACUUUCGCUGACUCAGAGUUUGAAAAAUGGCUACGCAAGUGAGAUUCCUCUGUACAGUCCCUGUUGGGUCAUGUUUCCGCAAAAUAUUGUCAUUGAUACCAGCGCUGGCUUAUUCGCAUCCAUUUCUUUACAUCCAGAAGAGAGCGAAAUUUUUAUAAAAGAUCAGGUCAAUUUUCUUUGUGCCGCUCGGUGUAAUGUUUUUUUAGAAAGUGGUACGAAGUACGCAUUAGUUGCUGAACUGUACGAGCCUUUGUUGGUCGACCAGAACGAUCUGGUUGGGGUCGUUUUUCUACCUGCUGUUGAAACUAGCUCGUCUAAUAAACCAUUUCUGAUGCAUUGUAUGCUUCAGUACCUUCAAGGGUUGCAAGAGAACAAUAUUGACGUUUUGCCGUUCUUUUUGAAUGAAGUAUUGGUACCAACAAUAGUCUCUUCUAGCGAAUUUAACUGUCUUCAACAGCUGUUGCAGUAUCGAGUCAUUCCUGAUGCUAAACAACUGGCGUUUUUUCUUCUUUCACAUGAAGCAAAGCACGCUCCUUUGAUACAGCUCGCUGUUGACAUGCUCGCAAGGCUAGGAACUGCAGCUGAAGAAAUCGUUGAAGUGCUUUUAAGCAAGGGGCAUGUUGUAGAAGCCAUCAGGUAUCUUGAGGCAACUUCAUCCAUUGACAGAGUUAGCUGUCUAAAAUUAUUGGAAUGUGCUUGGAAAGGAAACCGCCAGGUUCAAUAUGCAGUGUUUACUUAUUUCCAGAAACUUGUAAAGCUACGUAAUCAUAACCUUCUCAACAUAGAGCAGUAUGAUCAUUACGUCCGUCUAUUCAAUAAUCUCUUUGGUAAGGAAGAGAUAGAAGAAGCUAAACACGCCUCUCAGUUUGCUGUUUUGCCGCGUGAAAAUAAGUUUCAAAACAAAGUAUUGUAA